AGUGGCUCUCCUCUCUUUUAAUGGUGAAGACUGGGAAAAAAAAAUAUUUACGAGACUUUUUAUCAAAACAUUUUGUAGUUUUAUAAUUUUGCAAAAAAGAAAAAUGUCUCAGCUUCUCAUCCGUCUCUCCAAGCUCUCUUCCCGGAACAACAAUGUUUUCAUCCACCAGUGCUCUCGUUUGUUCUCCACCGGCCCGUACUUGACACUUGGUACUAGGGUUCAAGAAGUUUCGCCGAGCGGCUGCAAAACUGGAGAUGUUCUCUUGUUUGACCCGGCCAAAGAACAGAUAGUGACUCUCCAGGGCAAAACAAUACCUAAAGAGCUCAAGGACGAAGAAAUGAUUGGAGCUUCCCACGGAUGGAGUUUUUUCUAUGACCGGCGUGAUCGUACGGUACGGGUCAGCGACAUUUUCAACCCUUUGGCAUCCAAAUCAAACCCCACCGUGAUUACUCUGCCUCGGCUUACUGAUCUCCCCUGUGAACAAAUCGAACAAGUAUGUAACGUAGCAAUGUCGUCUUCCUCUCCUCUUGGUGAGCAAGACUGUGUAGUGGCUAUCAAGUUUUCAGGUCGACAGUUGAGUCUGUGCAAGCUUGGUCGUGAUCGUGACCUUGAGUGGACUAACAUCUUAACCACUCUCCACUGCUGUGAAAACUCAUAUGUCAUGUAUUCGAAAAGAUACGAGAGAUUAUACUUACUUUCUCGUGGAGGUAAUCACUUGUUAUCCUAUCAUCUCAACUCCACAACAUAUGUCAACCCUAUGCACCAUCAGUUGGUCUACCGCGAUCAUCCAGAGCUCGAUCAGUCUGAGUGGGAGAUUUUGAGUUUGUGUUCUAGGAGGGAAUACCUUGUGGAGUCAUCCUCUAGUGAUGAACGUUACGUGGUCAAAUGGUACGCUCAUGGCUCCUACUCCUCGGUGUUAAAUGGAAUUGAUUACAAAACAAAGAGGUUCAUGGUGUUUAGUGUGGAGGAGACGACUGAAGGAAAAUUCAUGUGUUAUACAGAGGAUACUGGAGAUAUGUGCAUUUUCAUUGCAACUAACGAGGCUUUCUGCAUCCCAGCUAGCUCAUGCCCUGGUCUGAAACCUAGCACCAUCUAUUUUGUGGGACAUGGCUUUGGUUCUUAUGAUCUCACUACUGGAGACACACAUUAUUUUAAAGCUCCCGGUGGUAUUAUCACCACCCCUUACUGGCUUCCUCCCUUUUCUAUGUAAUCAUAACUAUUCCUGUCGCUUUUAUUUCCUCUUAACCUGUAUGGAUUGCUAAGAUCUAAAACGUUCUUUCUUCU